UAUUACUUAGCGAAAUACAAGGCACAAAUAAAAAAACAGCACGUGCAUAAUUUAAAAAAAAAAUUCAUGGAAAAUGCGUAUUGAAACGUGUUAUUUUUGUUCUAGCAAAAUAUAUCCUGGCCAUGGCAUACAGUUUGUUCGAAAUGAUUGCAAGAUUUUUAAGUUUUGCCGUGGAAAAUGCCAUAAAGCAUUUAAACGCAAGAAGAAUCCCCGUAAAGUGCGUUGGACUAAAGCCUACCGUAAAGCAGUGGGUAAAGAAUUGGCCAUUGAUCCGAGUUUUGAGUUUGAAAAAAGACGCAAUGCUCCCAUCAAAUAUAAUCGGGAAAUGUGGAGUAAGGCAUUGGGCGCUAUCAAAAAGGUUAAUGAAAUUAAAGAACGUCGGCAGGAUCAAUUUGUUAUGGAUCGAUUGCGCAAAGGACGUCAAGUGGAAAUACGAAUGGAUGUUAAAGAUGUUCAAUGCAACAUAUCGUUAAUACGUUCGCCUGCAGCGGGUCUGAAAGAGCGUCGUGCUCGCGAAGAAGCUGAACAUGAGCUUUUAAUGGAAGAAGAUUUACCGGAAGAGGAGAUCUCAUAUGUCGACGCCAGACAGUUGGAGAAGAAAUUGGAAGAAAGUGCCGAGGACCACCUACAAGAUGCGGAAAUGAUAAAAGUCUGAAAUUAUUGAAAAGAAAAGUAGUUCUAAGAUUUUAUUUAAAUUAAAUUUAAUUUAAAUGAU